ACGAAAAAAUAAUAGUUUAGAUUUGUUUUUACGGUUAAUUGUGGAACUUUGUCUACUGACUUACCUCAUAUUGCAAGAACGUACUUUAAUGCUCCCCCAUAAUCAAAUUAACUAAAUUUGUUUGAUGCAUAACAAUAAAUGUUUUAACCAAACGAGACUUAUCAACUUUUGACUUCUCUUCUUUUGUUUUUGAUUUAUAUGGGUACAUUCACAUCUCUCUUAAAAAAAAAAAAAAAAAAAGGAAACACCUCCAUAUCCUUGUUUGUACCCAUAUAAAUGAAAAAACAAAUUCUGAACUUACAACUACUUAUAAAAUUAGUGAGAACUAAGGGCUCUGCUUCUUGGUUUUCCUCUGUUUUUUUCUAAAACAAGAAGUAGAAAAAAUAAGAACAAGAGCUUCCAUUUUAAUAAGGUACUCUUUGAAAUUUAUUUGUAUGACUUUUUUUUUCUCUGUUUAAUUUCUGAUAUUAACACUAUUGUGGUUUUUCUCUAGGCAGCAAGAAUGACAUAUAAUAGGCAUGCAGUUUUUUUUUCUUCUUUUGCCACUAUUUUGAAUUUGUUUGGCAAAGAUAAUUUCUUUUGCUUGUUCUUAGCAUCACAAAUUUGUUCAUGGAGCUACUUUCUAAUAAGUAUUUAAGAAGCAAUUUAGUCAAGUAACUUGCAUAUCUUUGUGUGUUUUUGCCUGUUCUGUGGGCAGCAGUUGAAUUUAUUUCACUUCUUUGCCAAUGACAUAUAUUUCACUAAUGAAUCACCAUAAAUGCAACAAACAAUUUAUACAAUCGCCAUGUUCCAUCCAUUCUUGUUUUCUUGACAUCUUAGAUACUUUAUUAGUUCUACUUUUGCUAUGUGAUUGCCAAUUCACUUUUUCCAAUUGCCACAUAAAUUUUCUCAUCCUGAAAUGUUUUUCGACUAAGCAUAUUGUUCUCUUUACGCUUUAGAUAACUCACGAUUCAUGUUUGUUUGCAGAGUUAAGAAGCAGUUAAUUUUUCUUAUUUUAGAGCUAAGACUUUACAAACUCUAAAUCACAUAUAUUGCCAGAGAAAGCUAGAAAUGGAAAGAUCAAAUGAUGUCUUCACAAAAGAUGGGACAACUAACAUCAACAAAACACCAGCCAACAAGGAAACAAAGGGGACAUGGAAGGCUUGUCUCUUCAUCCUUGGGGAGGAAGUGUGUGAGAGAUUAGCAUACUUUGGUACGAGUGCUAAUUUGGUGAAUUAUCUUCACCAAAGGCUUAACCAAGAUAAUGCAGCUGCAUCAAAAAUUGUAACAAACUUUCAAGGAACAUGCUACGUCACGCCUUUGCUUGGAGCAUUCUUAGCUGAUGCUUACCUUGGGAGAUACUGGACAAUAGCAAUUUUCUCAAUCCUUUAUAUAAUGGGAAUGGCCCUAUUGGCAAUGUCAGCUUCAGUAGUUGGACUAAAGCCAUCAUGUCACAAUGGAAUUUGCAACCCAACAGGGCCACAGAAAACAACAUUCUUCACUGCAAUUUACUUAAUUGCUUUAGGGACUGGUGGAAUCAAACCAUGUGUGUCCUCUUUUGGAGCUGAUCAGUUCGACGACAACCAUGAGAUCGAAAAGAGAAGGAAAAGCUCCUUCUUUAACUGGUUUUAUUUGUGUAUCAGUAUCAGUGCUCUUAUUGCUUCAUCAGUACUAGUUUGGAUACAAAUGAAUGUUGGAUGGGGUUGGGGUUUCGGAAUUCCAGCUGUGGCAAUGGCCAUUGCUCUUGUGUUUUUCUUCUCGGGCACUCGUUUAUAUAGGCUCCAGCCACCAGCAGGUAGUCCGUUGACUCGGAUAUUGCAAGUAUUGGUAGCUUCUAUGAGAAAAUGGGAUGUUAAAAUUCCUGCUGAUAAAACUGUUCUUUAUGAGACUGCUAAUGAGGAAUCCAGCAUCAAGGGUAGCCGCAAGUUUGCACAUACGAAUAAGUUCAGCUUCUUGGACAAGUCUGCUGUGGAAACAACAAGCGACAAGGUUAAUGGAUCAGUGAAUACCUGGAGGCUCUGUACUGUGACACAAGUUGAGGAAGUCAAGUCGAUCAUUCGCCUACUCCCAGUGUGGGCCUGUUGCAUUGUGUUCGCAACUGUAUACAGUCAGAUGAACACAACGUUUGUGCUCCAAGGGAACACAAUGGACCGCCACAUGGGCUGUCAUUUUAGAAUACCAUCAGCAUCGUUGACGGUAGUCGAGACACUCAGUGUCAUUUUAUGGGUACUCAUAUAUGACCAACUCAUCAUCCCCUUUGCGAGAAAGUUCACAGGACAUGCAAGGGGAUUCACUCAACUACAAAGGAUGGGUAUAGGCCUGGUCAUUUCAAUAUUAUCUAUGGUAUCCGCUGCAGUUCUUGAGACUGUUCGUCUCGACUACAUUAAAAACAACAAGUAUUAUGAUCUCAAGACAAUUCCUAUGUCGAUCUUCUGGCAAGUUCCUCAGUAUUUUUUCAUCGGUUGCGCGGGGGUAUUCACGUUGAUUGGUCAGGUGGAGUUUUUUUAUGAUCAAGCUCCUGAUGCGAUGCGAAGUUUAUGUUCAGCGCUAUCGUUAAUGGCUAUUGCAUUAGGUAGCUAUUUGAGUACUGUCAUAGUUACAAUAGUGACAAGGAAGAAGAAGCUUGGAUGGAUUACAGAAAAUUUGAACAGAGGCCAUUUGGAUUAUUUCUUCUGGCUGUUGGUAAUCCUUAGCUUCAUCAACUUUAUGGUGUUUCUUUGGGUUUCAAGAUUGUAUACUUACAAGAAGGUUAUUCAUUGAUAACGGUUGAGGCCAUGCAGAUCUAGCAUUUAAAUUUUAUGGAUUUAACUUUUAAG